UGUGAGAAUUAAGAUGGCCGACCGGCGGCGACGGAGACGGCGCGCCUCUCAGGACAGCGAAGAUGAGGACGAGUCCGCCUCGGGCUCCGAGAGCGGGAGAGCAUCUUCGGCCGGCAGGAAGCCUCGCGGAAAAGACCCCGAGCCGGUGGAAACGCCAGUGGAGCGCGUGGUCGCCAAAAGUGACGACGAGUCCGAGUGUGAAAGUGAAGAUGGCGUAGGUGAAGCAGUGUUAUCAGACUAUGACAGUGCUGAUCUGGAGGAGAAUGGAUCGCACACUGAGGGAGGAGACGAUGAAGAGGAGGUUGAGCAUUUCAGUGAUGAAGAGGCCUCACGACCUCAAGCGGAACAGAAACCUGCCACAGAUGCUCCAAAGGAAGAGAUAGUGGAGGAAGAGAAAGAUGGAGGGACGAAGAAGGUUAAAAUGGAUGAGAAGGGCAAUCUUUCUGGGGAGCGACAGAGUGGAGAUGGACAGGAAAGCACAGAUGACCCUGAGAAUAAAUUGGCCAGUAUAGGCGGCCAGAAGUUGGACGAUGAUGAGGACAGAAAGAAUCCAGCAUACAUCCCCAGAAAAGGCCUUUUCUUUGAGCAUGAUGUGAGAGGCCAAGCUCCGGAGGAGGAGAGGCCUAAAGGCAGACACAGGAAGCUGUGGAAGGACGAGGGCCGCUGGGUACAUGACAAGUUCCGUGAAGAGGAGCAGGCACCAAAAUCCCGCCAAGAGCUUAUCGCUCUUUAUGGUUAUGACAUCCGCAAUGGCACAGGGCCAAGUGAGGAACGAUCAUACAGGACACGAAAACCGAGAUAUGCUGGUUCACCCAAUCGUGAGCCAAGGCGCCACCGUGACGGUGAAAAGUCUGUUCGUACCACGUGGCAGGGUCCCCCUCCUGGCCACCGCAACACCCAUCAGUCUGUUACUAUACAGUCCGGCCCACCCCCCGCUGCCCCUGCUGCACCUAAACCUACUGGACGACCCUCAACUCAGCCUCCCCAUCGCAGUUUCCAGGGAAGCCGAGCUCCAUCAGCCCCACACAGGACAGAAGGCCGAGGACACCCAAAGGCAAACCUGGAUGGCCCGCCACCUCGGGGAGUACGGCCGCAGCCUGUUGAGGGUGAGAGGGGUCCGAGGCUAAGGGGUCGUGGCUUUCAUGCCACUCACGUUGACCGCAGCUCAGACUUGCUGGUGGAAGACAUCCGCAGCGAAGAAGAGGAUGACUGUGAGAUUCCAACAGCAACAACUACGUACACCGCUCACCACUACAAGUAUGAGAGAGAGAGGGCUCAAUCACCACGGAAACAAGAGCCGGGCCCAACGGUUGGAGGGGGCAGUGCAGCCGGGCAGGUGCGAGAACAAUCUCCACCUCAAGAGAGACAGGUGGAGAAGAAAUCGUACUCCCUUGCACGUAGGGCAACGCGAACGCGGCCAUCUGACCUUGGUAAGCAGGCGUCAUUAGAUGAUUCUUCGCCAGCAGUGCAGCAAGCCCCCACAGCAGUGAAGAGCGAAUCGUGGCAGGAGCAGGGUGAUGCCGGCUCACAAGGUGGACUUGAUCAGGACCUCGCCCGCCUCAGCCUAGCAGGGCAGAACUGGGCCCAGAACGCGCCCUCCUACCUGCAGGCUGAGAUGAGGGGCAUCCGUAGUCCCAUGCACAUGGGAGGAGGCCCUCCACAAUAUGGAAAUAUAGAGGAUAUGGGUGUCAGUGGUGGCCGAGCUAAGCGGUAUUCGUCACAGCGCCAGAGGCCAGUUCCUGAGCCUGCACCCAUGCACAUAGGAGUGAUGGAGGGCCAUUAUUAUGAACCUAUGUCUUUCCAAGGACCAAUCUACACACACAGGGACAACCCAGCAGCUCUGCCCCCUCAAGGCAUGCUUGUUCAGCCUGAGAUGCAUCUGCCGCACCCCACCCACCCUGGACACCCAGGCUUGCAUCCGCACCAAUCAGGAGGGCCCAUACCCAAUCCGGCUCUUUACGCUGCUCCGCCCGUUUCCAUUUCACCUGGGCAACCAUCUCCACAACAGCUGCUACCCCCACCCUUCUAUCCACCACCAGGUGUCAUGACAUUUGGGAACACCAAUUACCCAUACCCUGCCGGAGCUACGCUACCUCCAAUGUACACCAACCCCCAGGCACAGUCACAGGUCUAUGGGGGUGUGACGUACUAUGAUACAGUACAGCAACAAGCUCAGCCCAAACGCUCCCCACCCCGACGUUCCUCUCAUCCAGUUACAGUCAGACCUCCCCCUCCUGAGGAUCAGAGCAGAAAGGCCAGUGAGGAAAUCCGCUCCUAGCUGAUGGGAUGAGGCCAUUUGUCAGGACCAGCACCAUUUUUUUAAUAAAUUAAAUUCACUUUUUAGGUUUUCACAUCAGUUUCUUUUUAUAGUUUUUAUCAUGGGAAUUUUGUAAUGCCUAGCUUAGGUUCACUGUUUUCAUAUAAGGUCCUGUUUUCAGAUUGCUCCCAUUUGUUACAUUUUUUUGACCAGCAUCGUUUUUCCCAUAUCAGACGUUCAACUGGGAAAUAAAUAAAUGCUGUUUUGAGACCAACUAAGCCUGUAUCCUUGGUCUCUUCUGUCAGACUGAUUGAAAUUGUAACAUGAUGGCUGGACUUAAGUUACUUUUAAAUGCCUUCAAGACAUCAAGUGGUUUAGAUGUUUUCAUUGGAAAGAAGAAAAGCAGUGCUAAGAACUUUUGUGUGGAAUUCAGAUGUUCGUCCUGGACAUUGCGCUUUUAACCCGAACCCAAAUCUCUGUUUCUAAGGUACAGAUGAGGUUCAAAUUUGUAUAAUGCUUGGAAUGGAAUUAUGAAACCAGUCAGAAUAAUUAUGAGUUAUGGAUCCAAAUGCAUAUUGUGCAGCAAGCAGCUGUACAUGUUAAAGGCUAGUUCACCCUAAAAUGAAAAUUCUGUCAUUAGCUCACCUUCAUGUUUGAUACCUGUAUGACUUCUCAUGAAAGAGAUUCAUACAGGUUUGAAACAAAUGAGGGUGAGUCCAUGUUUGGGGGAACUGUCCCUUUAAGGACCUACACAAAUUUAAAUGCCACUUGAUGUUUUUGGUCUGGUUUCUCAGUAAUGCUGUCAUAUGUUGGUGGACCCACCUUAAUCUGUGAAAAUGUAUUAUAAUAUGUUCAUUUGUGCAAUUUUCAUUAAUAGUGCUGUACAUUUUACCCACUGUAAUGGUGCUAGCCCUCCUGAUAACUGGGACUGAAACCCUAAAAACUUCCUCUUCUCUUUGUCGAGCUGUCACUUGUAUUUUUGACAUGUACUGUUGAAUUCAAUACUCUAAUUUUAUCAAAACAAAUCGUUAACUUUGCCAGAAACUGACUGACUUUACAGUGUAACUGCUUGAUAGCUAUCUAUUGUAAGUGUACAUAUUAAAGUAUAUUGAAUCCAGUUGUUUAAAGAGUAAUACUAAAAAUAUUAAUCUAUGAAAUAUUGUCAAUAUGAACAAAGUCAGCAGGGAAACCUCGCCUAGGCCUCGAGUUCUAUUUCUAAAGAAUUCAUUUGCAAUUAUCCAUUGUGUUCCACUUUUGUUUAAUAGUUUAUGGUUGCAAUUAUAUUGUUUUAGGCAUACUGUACAGGCAUGCAUGAUUUUAUAGAUAAAUUCCUUUGUAAAGGCAAUUCUAGAUGGCGACUGUGGCUGUGAGCUGUUAUUCUUUGCUCCACUGUGGGAGUGCUAUGGAUGCAUCUAUUUCAAUUGUUCCCUUUAUGAUUGUUCUAGAAAAAUAAAAAAAACCCUAACAGUAUAACUGAAAUGUCGUUGUUCCCAGCGUUGUUUUAGACAUGGCUCAUAAAGACUAUUAGAAGAUGUUGUAUUGCUUUCUAUGCCUUAAAGAAAUAUUUGGUUUGACAUAUCUGUUUUUGUUUGAUUAGACCUGACUACACUGUGAGGGCUUGUAUGUUUCAUUGGUGUUUGAACAAUAUUAAAAGUGUUGUUUUUUGCGAUUUUAUUUUGUGGAGCAAUGUCAGGAGAUGAAAUUAAACUA